UUUGUGAUAAUAGAUUGAUGAUAUCAUAAAUCAUAAUAGUUAAAAAAAACUUGUACAGUCUCUCAUUUCUGCAAAAAUAAAGAUGUUUGGCAGAAAAAAGGAAGCUAAAAAGGAACGUCCUGCCAGGCCUGCAGGAAGUCUUGCUCAGUAUGGUAUUUUCGAGAUUCCCGAGAAUUUAGGCGAUCUUGGUGGCUCGAUAGACAUUGAUGAUGAUGACGAUGAUUUAGAAGCUGAAUUAGCUGCUCUUACUACUGGUGAUGAACCAAUUAAACCAAGAAGAAAAGCUCCAGUACCCCCAAAACCAGCUGUUAAUUUAGAUGACUUGAUCAACGAAAGCAUGAGAGACAUUAACUCUGACGAUGAAAUAUCUGGCAAUGAUGACGAUGAUGAUCCUGACUUAUUGAACGAAUUGAAAAAUCUUAAUGGGGAAUCAGAAGAUGAAUCAGUAGUAGAGCCUGAACAAAAAAAUGAUGCAGUAAAUGAUGUGAGUGAAAUUUCAAAGUUAUUGGAAGAACGUUUGUCGAUAUACAAGUUGGCAGAACAAAAAGCUAAGUUGGAAAAUGAGUCCAGCAAGGCCAGAAGAUAUAACAGGGGUGUCAAGACUUUAGAGCAUUUGUUAUCUUCUUGUAAACAUGGAGAACAAAUCGAUCAGUCGGAAAUUCCUCCUGUUUUGCCACCAUCUGCUACAAGAAAAGUUGAUGUACCAUCUGCAGCUCCAGAAGUACCUGCUGCACCUGAGUCAGUUCAAGAGCCUGCGGAAAUUAGUUUAACACCAGCCGUUCAACCAGAACCAAUAAAUCAAGAAACAACGACUCCUACAAUAGACGAGGCUACAUUAAAACUGCUAAAAAUUCGUCAGGAGGAGUAUAAAAAAGCUGCUUUGGUAUGGAAAAAGUCAGGAAAUCGAGAAGAAGCUUUAAAGCACAUGCAAAUACUAAAACAAUUUGAUGCUGCUUUUGAAGCAAUUUCUCAAGGUAAUAUAAUCGACUUAUCAGACAUGCCACCGUCACCUUCACUACCAAACUGCACUGUAGCUUCUGAAAGUGCGUUGGAAGAAAAUAAAGAAGAAAAUACGAAUCAGACAGCAUCUUUGGUUGAACCUAAUGUGCCUGCCUCAAGUGCAUCUGAAGUACCUGUUUCCUUAGAAACUGCCUUGAAAGAGCGUUUGGAAAUAUAUCGUCGUUCUAAAACGGUAGCCGAGAGCGAGGGAAAUUCAUCGAAAGCUCGAAGAUACGGCCGCAUUUGCAAGCAGUUUGAGGAUGCCCUUAAGCUCCAUGCGAGAGGAAAACCUCUACCUAUUGAUGAAUUGCCAACGCCUCCCGGAUUUCCUCCACUUACUGAAUUAGCAGGACCCAAACCUUCUCUACCAAAACCUACUGCUGAAGAAGUAUCUGAACAACCGGAAACACCGAAGCGUCUACCACCACCGCCACCAGCAGAAUCUCCUGGGGAAGCUGCAGCUUUAUCACCCAGUCCAGAAGAACCAGCAACACCUGUUGCUCCACUCCGAAAAAAUUCAGAUAAAAACAAAAAAUUAACAACUCGAGUGGAUAAACAAAUCGAAGCUUUGAAAAAUCGCCAGAGAGAACUGAGGUUAGCAGCCAAGACAGCUUUGAUAGCUGGAGAUAAGGAUUCGGCCAGAGAUUAUCUUAGACAGGCAAAGGGAAUUGAUCCGCUGAUCAACGUGAGUUUGAGCGGUUUACCUGUAGAUAUGAAUUCCAUUCCUUUAUCCCCUCAAGCAAAACUUGAUCUAAAAAAGUCAGAUUUGGAACCGGAAAAAUUAUCAGACGACAGUUUUACCGUGAUAACGUCGAUGGAUUGCUCUGAAGAAGCAACUGGUACCGAUCCGCAAAUUUACGAAAAUCUCGAAGAUCAGUUAAAAAAACAGAUCAAAUGGUGUUUGACUACGAGAGAUCAUUGCAAAGCUCUUGGAGACGUUCCAAGUUAUAACAAAUGGGAGAGACUUGCUUUAAAUUACACAAAAGAUUUGGAUAUGUUGAGGGUUCGAAAACGAGCAAAUUUAUCUCCCCCACAACAUCACUACGAAGUUAAAACUUACUCUAUUGUGCAAAGCUGCACAGAUAUGACUGAUGCUGAUGUAGAAAUUUCAAUCAUCAGAGGCAUAAAUUAUACUAAAGAAGUCGAUACUUACGUCAUGUUUGAAUUACCUUUGCCUCCUGACAGCACGUCAAGCGAUAGAACUUCAACCGUUAGGGACACUUGCAAUCCAGAGUACAAUACAACUUUUCCAUUAAAUGGAAUAAUCGAUCGCAAGUCACGGCAGUGUCUUAGAGUUUUCAAAAGACACGCACUGAAGUGUCAAGUCUGGUCGAAAGGAUGCUCGCUGAAUCCCAUCAUGUGUUGCACUCAUCCAAGAGGAUUUUUCCGAGCCGACAGUCUCGUUGGCACCGUAACUAUUAAGCUUCAACCUCUCGAGACAAAGUGCAUUCUACACGACUCGUUCCCCCUGAUGGAAGGACGCAAGGCAGUCGGCGGCAGUUUAGAAGUGAAGAUUCGACUUCGCAACCCGAUACUCACGAAGCAAAUCGAGCAAAAUACCGAUAAAUGGCUGGCCAUCGAUCACUAAGUCUUCACACGCGUUGUCCGGCUAUUCCGUGUGUGCGCUUACAAAGAAAAAGGUAUUUGAAAAUGUUAUUUCGCAAUGUUGUCUGCGAAACAUUUGUAAAUAUAAGUAUCAGUUAAUAGGGAUUAUUCCAAUGCUUUGUAAAACUCUGUGUACAUAUAAUUAGUUAUUUAUUUUCAUCAGAAGUUUGAAAGCGUCGAAAAAUCAAGUGAUUUUUCUAACGAAUGACUCGGAAAGUUCACAGCUGCUUGAAAGCCAUGGGUUGUCGUUAUUAUCAAAACAACGAAACGAUUGUCGGAGUUGUUUGUAUGAAUAUUGUUAAUUUUAUAUGCCCAUGAA